AGGACAAUUUGGCAAUUUCACAUCACAAAUAAACGAUCAAAUUUUCCUUCCAAAGCUUUCAAAUAGCUCCACCUAUCUCACCCACACAACAAUAUAUUUUACAUACACAUUGCUUCAAAAAUGGCCUUGCAGAUUCAUCAAGUAUGGCGUCUGGCUCCAGCAUCAUCAUCGGUGAACCAACCACAAUCAUGCUUCAGGAAACAAUCUACUUUUAUGGGAGACGUUAAUCGGUUUCCAUGUAUGAUGACGUUUGAUAACAAGAAUGUUAUAAGGAAAGGAUUGAGUUCAUCAGUGAAAGUGAGGUCGAGUUUGGAAACCACAAGCCCCACGGUGGUUGUGGGUCAGGUGACUGAGGUUAAUUUGGAUACGUUUUGGCCACUUGUUCAUGCUGCUGGAGAUAAGACUGUGAUUCUGGAUAUGUACACUCAAUGGUGCGGUCCUUGCAAGGUUAUUGCUCCAAAAUACAAAGAAUUGUCCGAGAAGUAUCUUGAUGUGGUCUUUCUAAAGCUUGAUUGCAAUGCAGAAAACAGGGUGUUGGCAAAGGAGCUAGGAUUAAAGGUGCUUCCUACCUUCAAGAUUUUGAAAGAUAGUAAAGUUGUAAAAGAAGUUACAGGGGCUAAAAUUGAAAAACUAAUUAGCGCAUUAGAGGAAGUUAGAUCUAGUUGAAGUACUAAUAAGUAGAUAAUGAUCUUGAUACAUCUUCUUUGUGUAUAAUAUUUGUGAUAUAAUGAUCUUCCUACCUUAAAUAA